UCUUGCGAGGGUCAGAAAAGUGGGAAAAUAAGGACGAAAGCUGUCUUAAAUAUAUAAGUGUUUGUCGUCUUUGGUGUUCUAUGAAACACUGAUAUAAGUGAAGGCAAAGUGUGUAACCGUUUCUCAGCAGCGUUGCAUGAUCAGGUCAUGUCUCAGAGGAAACGGCAACACAAACAAAUAAGCGAAAAGAAAGCUGACGUUGUUGAGCGUGGUGAAAAUGUCGGAGUAGGGCGAGGGGCUAGUUGCUCUGCAAGCAGGAACCCGGGCCCAAAUACCACCGCUGCCAAAACUACUACCGCCACCGCCACCGCCACAGCUACCUCCACCACCAGCUGCAGGAGUUGCAAGUUCCCCCAAAACUGUGGGCGAACUUGUCUCCAACAACACCGCCGUCACCAUGACAACCCACCCCUAAUUGUCCUCAGCCCCCCGGACAAACACCACAAACAAUCCCUUUUUACCCCCCCAAAGUGCAGUGCCACCAUUUCGAAUUCCCCUCCUGCAACUUCCCUUAACAAGAGCAACAAAAGCAAAAAGCCCUUCAGCCCCGUAGCAGUCCAUCCCCUUCCAAGACCGCCGCUCAGAAGGUACAGAACCAGUGUACCACUCAUCAAAGUACCUCAACUCCCCCGGCUGAGCGAGAACGUGCGCAAGCUCUCCCCAGAGCUGAGACAGAUCCUUCAGGAAUCCUUGGGGCGUCUCAAGCAACAGCAGCCUCCUCCAGGGCAGAACCUAAGUAAAGACAAUAAUAAUCCCUCGUCUUCUUCUUCUUCUCCAUCAACAAAUGAGAAGAACAACACUGACACAAGAGAUUCAAAUGCUGUUACUGAGACACUUCGCCAAGGAACGGAACAGAACGACACGCCAGACCCAAACACUGUAGUCUAUCAAGAAGCUCAAAGAAGAUCCUCGUUGCUCAAGGCUCGUGCAAACAGUGUAACAAGUGAUUACUUCAGUGACUCUGGUGAACCUAACCUAGGUAUCCCGUCACUCAUACAAGACCACGAAUUCAUCAUCCACUUCGAUGACGUCGAUGAUUAUCUAAGUUCAAGGACAACGAGUCGAGCAGCUUCAAGGAGCAGCACGUUUCAUUGCGAUUCUUCUCGAGCUUCGCCUGUAUCGGAGUUAUCCCUGGAAACUGAGAGCGGCAAAAGCCGUUUUCUUUGGUUGGGCAAUUCAGAGAGUGGCCGUUUUCUGUUGAAUUCGCCAGAGAGAGAAAACAUAUUCUCGUCGGAGAAAUUGGAUGGGAAACUAAAGAAGAGAACCGCAUCCAAAGCCAAGCUAAGUGCCAAAAAGGACUUCAUUAACCUAGUACCUGAGACUAGAUUAAGUAAUGUGAAGUCCUGCCGUGGAUCUCCUUCAUCCGCAAAUUCUACAGCUUGUUCACCUUCUCUCCAGCACUCUCCUAAUUUUCAGAGCACAACUACUCAAGUUCUCAGUUCCAGUUUGGAAUCUCCUCCUCCAACUCUUUAUCUUUCUCCCCAUUCUUUCAACUCUUCCCGUUCAUUUUCGCAACUCGGUGCCAAAUUUUGCCGCGGGUCCGACCCAGCGGCAUCAUGGCAUCAUUCAAAUAAGUCUCAACAAACAUUAACCAAUCAAGUUGACGACACACGCAUUGCAACCAUGGACCAUGAUAAAGGCAUUAUAACAGCAGGAGGGUUGGGACCCUUGAGUUUCUCGUUGUCUUCGCUUUCGGGGUCGUCUAGCCCAGCGCUAGAGUCGCUUAGCCCUGCGAGGACACCCGCAGACCUUCACACCAACUCUCUCAACAGACGUAAAUCAAAACGGAGUAGUGAGCGAGAUGCAGCUCGCAGAUCAUGGGGUCCGGCAGACAAGGAAGAGGGCAACAAAGAUUUCUGGGCCUCUAUCCAGGAGCCCUACGACUACAUCAUGGGCAGCAACCUCAUCCCAGACUCAUGCCAGGUUGGCGAAUCCAACGAAGCUCCUUCUUCAGGAGAGUUCGAGCUGAGCUGGGACAGCGGGGAUGUGUCUCCACCCUAUAUCUGGAGCUUCUCUGAGUUUUUAGAUCAGUACAAUGAGCUCUACGAAUGGCUCAUUCAGGUGCAGCUCAAACUCUACUCCCACUCAAAUCCACCCGACAAGGCGGCCAGAAUGGUCCAGCAGGAAGAGCUACGCCGUCGCACCUAUCGACGGAAGUUAUUCGUAGAGCAAGGUGAACGCGUAGCUCAGAGAUAUCCAACAUCUGCUGAAGAAAUCAGUUGGAGGGUUAAUUACCUCAACAACAAGUGGGAUCAGUUACAGAGUUCAUUUACACCUGCUAAAGGACGAAACCAAGAAGUUGAAGUGGAGCUAGACUUGGCUCAUGAAGAAGCCAUUCUGAAGAGGUGGCUUAGUGAUAUGGAAGAACAAAUUCAACCCAUUACAUGCAGAUUGAGGAGAGGGUGCUCUAUUCUGACGUUACAAGACCGCUACAAAGAUAAUCAGAUCCUGCUGAAAGACAUCGAGGCACAUGGCCCAGUGUUAAAGAGCGUAUUGCGACAAUACGAACGCAUAGCAGCUGCUACAGGUGCAUCCAACCAAGCACAGGAACCUCUGUCAGACCAACCCACAACAAACCCAAAAGCGCCUCUUCAAGACACAACUGAAACCAACCCCAACCCCAACACCAACACCAACACCUCUUCAGUAUCAUCAUCAUCAUCUUCACUUGCACCCUCCACUACCACCAACAACAAUACCGCAGAUUCCAACGCCAACAGUACCGCAGCUUCUUCGGCCACCAACGCCAACAACGGCGCCAACCGGAACAGCACAAAGGAAAGCAGCAACAUUCCGAGGAAGGCUCGGAGCUUGGAGAAACGGUGGCAUCAAAUCUACCUUCGCUCGCUGGAGUGGCACUACUACCUGGAAGGCGUCAUCGCUAAUUUCAAGGAACAAGGGAGCUCCCCCAGCAGUGAAUCUGAAGAUGAACCCGUAACCAAGUGCCGGCGUCUGUCGGCUUCAUCUGUGUCCUGUGGAUCUUCCUGCGGUCCUUCGUGUGAGGGCGGAGGCGCUGGGAGUGGCCUGUCGUGUGGGUCGGCUUGUUCCUCUACCUGCUCCUCUCCCUGUCCUGGUGCUCGCCCUUACUCAAGACCAAGGCGCUGGUCUCACUACGACUCCAACCUCUCCGAGGCCGGAUCUUACAUCGAGACCACCACCAACUCCACCUCCAAGCACACCUCUUGUGCUGUCGCAGUUCCUCCUGCUGGCGCACGCGCACAUACGGCAAAGGAUGACUAUGUGUGUGUAAACGGGACCGACUGUGAUGUUGCAGUGUUGGUCUCAGAGGCCGCUAUCCACACCCCACCAGAACCAAUGUUAGUUGACCCAGACCAGCAGCAGCAAGAAACCACCACCACGGCUCCCCAAGACUGUGAGGCUUCUGGCCUGGUUCCUGACACUUCUGCCCAGGAGAACCAGGACCAAGUCAUGGUUGGAACUGCUGGCUUAGACACAGUGAGAGCUCGCUGUGGUCAUCUUGCACCUGCUGAUAUUUUGGCUGAAGUAACCAUGAUUCAUGAUCCAUCAAAGACCAUAACAACAAGCAGUACAGAUAACUCUUCAAAUCAAAGCCUCAUGGAAAAUGAAAACCAAGUGAAUGGGAACACUGUUUCUCCUGCAGUAACUGAGGACUCGGGCAUCAAUCUUACUCCAACAUUGGCCGAGGUUUCAGUUAAUACAGAGUUGAGCAGUGUAAAGGACUCUCCCUCAAAAUCAAGCUGCACUAAUGUAGAGAGGCCAUCACCAAAUUGUGCCAUCUUUGAUUUCAAACACCAAGACACUGACACAGAGGAAGCUGCUACUAACACUACCAACUGUACAGCUACAGCUGCUUGUCAGGCAAACCUUAAUUUGGUGGACUGUGAUCCUUCAAGAAACAGAGUUUACCAAGUACGCCGCAGAACCACUAGCUGCAUUCGCAGAACUACAGCCCGAACUAAGCUUGAAUUCAGUGGCGAUGAAGAGGUUGACCAUGAAGCUCUGCAGAAGAUAAUAGAUUCAGCUAUACUUGAUCCUGAUUGGUUGAAUUCAAAUAUUCCCAGUGACAUAGAAUUCAGUGGCACUGAGGAUGAAGUUACUGCUCAUGAGCACAUGGAUACUGGAAGUGAUGGUGGUGGUACUCCAGGCCAGUCACAAAACGAGCAGGUGCUAGAACAAAAUCCAGAUCAGAAACAGGGGAGCAACAGUGAAAACGUGGAUGUUAAAGACCAAAAGCCUCAGAGAUCCAUCAGCAAAGAAUCCAUAACAAAACUGGUGAGUGAUGCUGAAAAACUUGUAAGAGAGCCUGCUGAUUCUGGCGAAGAACCGCCUCCAAUCAUCUCGCCUAGACCUCACCUGCAACUUCCCCUAAAUGGUGGCCCUGACAAGUGCAUUGUGGUGAGCAGCAAACAAGCCCGAGUAAGGCAGUGGUUGGCAUCUCAGCGCCGAGAGGCCAGAUUGUCGGCUUCUUGUGUCUUGGAUUCUUGUGAUGCAUCUGGAGAGUUGACAACUGGUGAAAGUGACAUUGAGUCUGCAUCGUCAGAGGAUAUGGACGCCUCAACAGCGACGCAGCGUGGCACUUCUACUAGAGGAUCUUUCAAGGGUUCACAGAAGGGCUCUCUCAAAGGUUCCAGAGACCCUCUCCCAUCCACAGACAAUACCCCAACAACUGAACGUUGCAAUUUCUUGGCUGACAGUGGCCAGUCUAAGGUUGUAAUGCGUAGCCGCAAACGCCGAUCUGGUGAGCAGCGCCCAUGGAGUGUUAGUGAAUUAUAUCAGCUAGCCACCCGGCUUGAUUUUGCUCCCUUCUCAGUGUCUGAAAGUGCUCUGCAUCACCUCCUGACUGCCACUCCUGAGACUCCCACAAAUGAUAACCAAGCCUUUGGUCUUGGAACACCCGAAGCUGUGACAGCUAGCACCACAUCCCCUGCAGAAGAUGCAACGCCAACCUCCACCAACCCACUCAAUAUCUCCUCCACCAGUUCGACUACCAAUACAAUUACUACCCCUAUCGUCACAAGCACAGGGCGUCAGUCGCCUCCAGCUGCUUCUAACACGGGAUCCCUCAGAAGAAGAAAGACCCGAGCCCGAAGGAAGUCCAACCUCUCCUUGGGGCGACGAACCGAUUCAGGCUCUGAGUGUCUGACGUUGAACUUGUCUGGUGGAUCUGACAAUAACCAAGUUUCCCCCAGUCGGCGACUCUCAAAGUCCCACUCUUCGGGGUCGGACUCGGCAUCGCACUGUAGGAGGCAUAUCGUCAAGAGUUCUUCCUUCUCUGGAGGAUGUCGGGCAGGUUCUGGCGGCAUUUCGUCAUCCACAGAAAAGUGUGUAUCGGACUGUGGUGGGGUUUUGGGUGUUCCUCGAUCCCCAGCCCACGCCCGCGGUGAUCUCUGCUAUUCGAGUGACGACUCCCGGCCUGCCAGCCCGGUCGCUGUCAUCCGGGAAACGGUGGCCACCCGCAGCCCCGCCCAUACAGCUCGCAGCAUCACCCAAAUGAGUGAUCUCGACCCGCAAAAUGGCCACGAGGACAUGAGCUCGCUGUCGGAACAAGCAUGGGAUCCUUACCAGGAGUACAAGUAUUUGAGUGAGCCAUAUUCAGAGGACAUCGACCAGGAGGCAGCCCGUAAGCUCUUAGACUUCGGAGAUGAUUACCGCAAGUAUAUAGACUCCGAAGGGGAUUCUUCCUUCUCCGGAGUCCCUUACAGAGGACGUCGGUCCCCUCACCAUCGCCGUCUCCGCUCUUUGGCACCUGCGGGUCCCCGUGACUUAGAUUCAGAUUCUGACCUGGAUGACCUCCAUCACGUGAUUGACGAGUCCAAGUCACAGCUGACGGUGUCAGAAAACGUCCUUAAGAAAUAUUCCAAUGAAGCUGCGUUGGGCAUAGAUUACGCGGAAUUGGUCGCCACUGCCCAGACGAACAUCAAGUGUCUCAAGGAGAUCAUACGUCAUUUGCAUAUGGAGGGAACUCUCGAGCCGGAGCUCCAAGAAGCAGAAUGCUGGGGAUCCACAUCUGAAGAGUCCCCUGCCCCUGUAGAUCCCAGCACGUCCCCGCCCCUCCCUUCGGGGAGCCGUGGCACUAAGAAGGUGCCAAAGGUCACUAAGCAGCUAAGAGAGACACAAGGCAUAGUGCAGAGAUGGGAAGUUUUGCAAGCACAAGCGGUGGAACGUCAGAGGCAGAGCAGCCAAGUUCGCGAACUGCAGCGCCAAGUGAAAAACCUUCGUCUCACACUCGAGAAUUUGGCUGAACAAGCUUCGGAGGCUUCCCACACAGAAUCACUCAAGGCUCCCCAGGACCUCGCCCGCAAAUUACGAGAGGCUAAGGCUUUGUUUGAGGACGUGAAGGCCCGAAAGGCCGAGGUGUCUAGUCUGAAUUUGGCAGUACACAGAUUCUUCACAGACAGUGGAUAUUCUCUAGCCCAGUUGAAAGAUGAAGUGAAUGACCUCUACAUUUUACAUGACGAAGCCCAUAGACGGGCAUCGAGUGAAGUGUCCCGGUUGGAGGGUUUGGAAGCCACAUGGAAAUUAUGGGAAGCCGAAGCGGAAGAACUGACCCGAGCUCUGCGUCAGGAUGGGGAUACCCUCAAGGUCCUUGAUGCUGCCAUACAAACUGGCUCGCUCACUGACUCCGUGACUGCCUCCAUGCAAGAUGUGGCCAGGCUCCUAAACGAAAGAUGUAAAAGCCAACAACCUGGCAAGAAGUUGGUGCUUCAGCACACCAGGACACAGGGAGUGGAUAUUCAGGGGUCAACCCUUUCUCUGGGUACUUCUGGGGAUGAUUGCCUCAGUGACUCUGGUACCUCUGGCUAUGAGUCAUGCUCUUCUGAAGAGCUUAGUGAACGUGAACGACGACUAGCACACCUUCGAAGACUGGCCAGGGAUCUCGAGGCCUCACUUAGUCCCGAUUCUCAAGCUUGGCAAGCCAUUACAAAAACAUUAUCAAGUGCUGAGAUGGAAUUAAAAGGCCUUCAAAAACAUUGCCGAGACUUGGUGGUAAGAUCAACUGAAACUCUUGACCAGACAAAGACAUCUCCUCAGCUAAGGAGAAGAAGUUGGGUGAAGGAUUCCAAAAUAAGUCGAAUGAGUAGAGGCGAUAGGCGUGUCAGCAGUCGAGAUUCAAAUCGCGGCUACGGCAGGCGUGGAUGGGUGUGGCGUGUGGUAAGAGCAGCACUUCCUUUCCAAGCGGCAUUAUUACUAUUAUUCUGUGUUGCUUGUCUCUUGGAACCCAAUUGCUGCGACACCCACAAUAGCCUCACCAUGACGCUAACACCACAGUUACGUUAUGUUCAUGGACCACCACCUGUUUGAAGUUAUAACAUCCACAUUGUGUAUAUAAACUGUAUAGUCAAGCCAUAUGUACAGAACCACUGAACUGGUGUACAUACUGGGCAUAUAACACACAGCUUUGGACAUUUUAUAGUUCCAUGAAGACAUAAUCUGUUGUUAAGAAGCCGAUGGUUCUAUUGGAUUGUCCAUGGAAGGGCUGUGUGUAAUUUGGUGUAAUUACCAAGGGGUUUUGGGUCCGGUGUAGGUGGCCUUGUUUCCUUUUCAGAAUUGAUUCCGCACUUAAAACAACUACUAUGGAGACUUGGCCAUACCCUGCACCACUGCCUUAUCCCUACUCUAUUAUCAGGUUUCUUAUUUUUGUAACUAAAAUGGUACUGAUGUAUGAAAGUAAAAAUGAGCUUGAUGUAAAGAGUUAGGUAGGUGUGAUAUAUUGUGUGAUAUACAAAAUGAACCCAAGUAAAAUGAGCUGUAACUUAUAUUAAAAGCAGUGUGAAUACGUACUUUAAUUAUAUCAAUAAUGUAUUAAACUAUUUGAGACAAGUCUGCAAUAGCCUAGGUGGCUAAGAAUGUGACAGACAUAUAACAGAGACUGAGAACAUUCAAAGGUAUUCUUUGAUUGGUAUGUAGUCUCUUAAUGCCCGGACCAGACAGAACAAAUGGGAACUAACUUACAAGGUUCCUGAACAGUACAACAUCCAAAGACAAAUAAAUGUCUCUACAAAUGAAUAGAUUCAGAUUUGAGAAACUUAAACUCUAGACUGGCAUACGUGAUAAUGAAAAGCUGUUAGACUAGCUAAACCAAAUUUUUGCUGGUUUCUUGCUUGUUCAUCGUAUCAGUUUGGAGGAGUUAAAUGUGAAAGCUUAGCAGGGUAGGAGGAGGCAGUGUGAACUGUGUCUGUACAGUCACCUACUCUUAUGCUUCUAUAUUGCUGCUAAAAUCUUUUUGAGCUUCACAGUUAAUUACAUUACACAUGGCAAACCACAAUCUAUUGCCACUGAUGUAACCAUGUUACCCAGGUGAACUAGAUGUUAUGUUACCCAGGUGAAACUAGGAAGUAAAACUCCUGUAAUCAGAAAGCUGUAACCAGGAAGUAAAGCUCCUGUAAUCAGGAAAGCUGUAACCAGGAAGUAAAGCUCCUGUAAUCAGGAAAGCUGUAACCAGGAAGUAAAGCUCCUGUAAUCAGGGAAGCUGUAACCAGGAAGUAAAGCUCCUGUAAUCAGAAAAGAAAGCUAUGAGAUCACAUCUAUGGGUAGUUAUGGAUUUAGAUGGAAUUAAGAAGAUUAAGCUGUAGCACAAGCUAACAAAGCAGUAGCUUCAGCCAUCUGAAGAUUUUUACAAACCUCCAUGCAUGGUAGUGUCAUAUCCCCAAUGUGACCUAAAAGUUAAUGAAAUAAGGCAUGUAACACCUUAGUGUAGGCUUGACUAUUCAGCUCUAGCUUUCAUAACCAGUUGAAAGGGGCGGGAUUUUUCAUGGAUGCAGGAAAAGAACGUAAAGAAGAAAAUAGGGCUAUUAUUUAUUUUCUUGACCUAGGAAAGGUAUAAGUGUCAAGGUUAAAAAAAAAAAAAAAGCCUGUGGUAUACAUGAAAAAAUCCCGUCUUGUCUUGACAAUGUAGUCUUAAGUUCACUGCCUGAUGAGUAACAGGGGAAAAUUAACAGAAAAGAGUGAAAAACUAAUUCCAACAAUGCAUAUGAAUUAUGAAUUAAUGAUAUCUGAAAAAUUAAGAUUUAACUUACUGACCUGACUAGAAAUGUUUUGUCCUUUUCCCUGUUCCUCUAAGACUUAAAUGUAGUUUCUUGAGGGUGAUGAAGUAUUAAUGGAGUGUAUGUGUAACAAGACAUGUUCGGUUCAUUAAGAACAUAACUUUUAUCACCAAACUUUUGUUAAUGCGCAUUUCUGGUUUAUUAUAUGGCGAACAUUACAACGCCUUGAUUCACACUGCAGAUUUUUUUCUUACUUUAAAGAACUUUUUGAAGACUUAGGAAUUCUUUAUUUUUCUUAUGGUGCUAAUUAAGAAAUUUUUAAUGAUUUAUUAAGAAAAUGUUUAAGUAGUAAUGUAUGCCAAAGGCUUUUUCUAUACAAAACACGAGAACUUUAAACAAUUUUAUAGGUUUUAUUAUGAUUUAAUAUGCUAAAUACUUUAUAUUUAUUUUAUAUGAAAGUUAAAGGUUGAUUGAAUGGGUAAAUCUGUAAUAAUUUCUAAUUGAUCAUCAAAAAAAAGAAAGAAGUAUGGGUGGUUGUAGUACCUUAGUAGUUUAAGUAUCAGGAGAAAGAAACUAUUGUUUCAUUAAUUUAUAAAUAUCUUUUCUUGUUAUUGGAGUUUUAAUAUUUUAUUGGCAAUAAAGGUUGCUCCUAAACUUAUUUCAGUGGAUGGGAAUAUGUAAUUAAGCCAAAAGGUUCAGUUACUAAUUUGUAAGACAACCUUUAGGUAACAAUGUGCUGCAUUCUUCUCAAUAUUUGUGUAAUUGCCGGAUGUAACCAUGUGGAAGAUUUUCUUGUGUUUUGUUAAAGGGCACCUGUGCUUAAGUUUUAUUAGUUGUUUUGAGUGUAGUCUGUCAAGUUUUGUCAGUUUCCACUUCCCAGGAAUUUGAUUUAGUUAGUAAAGGUUACAGUCCGGUAACAGUCAAUAGUUUUAGAGAUGCUGUAUUAGUUAUUCUGAGUUAUUGCUGCUGUAAGUCUUCAGUUACGUAAGGGCCAACCUGUCGUCACGGUUGUAAUAUUAGCCAGGGGCGGACAUUCUGGAGCUUCUCGGUCAGUUGCAAAAUAGUUUUUGUUUCAUCCUACCAGUGCAAAAGUCGUCUUGCUGUACCACAAACCCUCUAGCAAAAAAUUUUACUGUACCACAAACCCUUUAGCAAAAAAAAUUUAAUUAGAACUCUGUCCUAUAUAAACCUGUGCUGACUUCUGUCAUCCUCCUUAUAAUUGCAAUUAAUUCCCAGGGCCUCCAUGAAGUCUUCUCAACGGUUUACAGUACAAAAACCACAUUAUAUAUUUAAGUGCCUUAGUCUCAUUGUCUAGUAGCUAUUUAGUAACGACAGGUUUGACCCCAAUUUGAAGAUGUCUGCUGCUAUGAAUGUGUGCUAUAUGAUGCUGUCACUGUUCAAGUCUUUUAUAAGGCUAGUUCCAUUUCGGUUACAAGCCAGAUAGAAGGCUUGCAGGUGUCAGUCUUGGUGCAAAGUGUUCCGUUGAUUGUUAAGUCACUGUUAUUUCUAAUCAGCUUUAGCCUGUUUUUAUUUUUUUUUAUUUACUAUUCUUCGUGGAGAUUUUUGUGUCACACUUCAUGAACUUACGCAAAUAUUCAUGAACUAUAAACAAUUGGAUUCUUUCUCCUGUAUUCUAAAGUAAUAAACUCUUAAUUGAAA